UUUCCAUCUAACGUCAAACAGGUUAUGUAGAAUCGGCGUCUUAUUGUAAUGUUUACACCCUUCAACUUCAACUAAUCUGCACACUUAGUCCUUGAUAUUUGUGUAAAAAUACUAAUUAUAAAAUCGAAUAAUCAUGUCUAAUAUGCUAUAUGGAGGUGACGAGAUUGGAGCUUUGGUUUUUGACUUGGGUCAUUAUUCUUUACGAGUAGGAUAUGCUCAAGAAGAUACCCCAAAAGCUGAAAUACCUGCAGUUGUUGGUAUUGGAGAAGAUGGCAACUGUAAUUCGGUUAGAGGAGAACCAAUGGAUAUUGAUGACAAAAGACCUGACAAUAAUAUAACUCAAUCUACUCCUAAAUACUAUGUUGAUACAACAAUUUUACAUGUACCACGCAAGGGUAUGGAAGUAGCAAGUUAUAUGAAAGAUGGAAUGAUUGAAGAUUGGGAUCAUUUUGAAAAAGUUUUAGAUUAUACAUAUUCCAAGGUGAUUCAGUCAAAUGCUGAAUAUCAUCCAGUAUUAUUUUCAGAAUGCCCAUGGAAUGUUCGUAAUAAGCGAGAAAAACUUACAGAAUUAAUGUUUGAAAAAUACAAUGUACCAGCUUACUUUUUGGUAAAAAAUGCAGUACUGGCUGCUUUUGCAAAUGGCAGAGCAACUGGAAUGGUUGUUGAUAGUGGGGCAACUCAUACUUCAGCAAUACCUGUUCAAGAUGGAUUUGUUAUCACUGGAGGUAUAUGUAAAUCACCUCUCGGAGGUGAUUACAUAUCCAUGCAGUGCAGACAAUUUUUGCAGGAUAAUGAUAUUGAUCUCUCUCCUUCAUAUAUGGUUGGAAGUAAAGAGGUUGUUAAGGAUCAUGAUAAGCCUCGCUGGGUAAAAAAAAAAAACUUACCAGAAGUAACAAAAUCUUGGCACAACUAUAUGACAAAGAAAUUAGUACAAGAUUUUCAAGCCACUGUCCUUCAAGUCUGUGAAACACCAUAUGAUGAAAAGAGUGUAUCCACUGCACCAUCUGUUUCAUAUGAAUUUCCCACAGGUUAUCGACAAGAUUUUGGUAGUGAACGAUUUCGUAUUCCAGAAGCUUUAUUUGACCCUAGUGUUGUUCCAAUGAGGGGUGGAGUCGUUGGAAACACUAUUGUGGGUGUGGGUAAUAUAGUUACAACAAGUGUGGGAAUGUGCGAUGUAGAUAUAAGACCAGCUCUUUAUGGCAGUGUUGUUGUGACUGGUGGAAACUCGUUUAUACAGGGAUUCCCAGAAAGAUUGAACAGAGAUUUAUCUAUGAGGAUACAAUCAAGCAUGAGACUAAAAAUAAUAAGUGCAAAUGGAUGUGCAGAACGCCGAUUUGGCUCUUGGAUUGGAGGAUCGAUUUUAGCUUCUAUUGGAACCUUCCAACAAAUGUGGAUUUCAAGUCAAGAAUAUGAAGAAAGUGGAAAGAGUCAAGUAGAGAGAAAAUGUCCAUAAAUUGAAUAUAAUUUUUAUAAGUGUGGUGAUUUAUGUGUUAAAUCAAUAAUAGAUGAAUGACAUUCAAAUUUUUUUGUAGAUGAUGACUGAUCAAUUUAUAAGUAUGUAAUUAUUUUAAUAUCAAAUUAAUUU